GAUUAUCUUGGAAAUUUUCACCAAGAAGUAAAGAUGGCUGCCUGCAUGCGGUUGCAACAAUUUGCGGGUAAAAAUGCUGUUCAAAUUUGUCGAAGACACUUAUCUGGAGCCAAAAUUAGAAAGAAAGUGAGAGAAAGGAAUCCCCCUACAAUAAUUCAUAAGAACACAACCAUGAAGGAAUGGCCUUUCUAUUCGGCGACGGCAAGUUUCGACUACCCCAAACCACAAGGUGAUGUUGCUGAGUAUCCUCCGAUUAAGGAGAGAUUCCCUCCUGGAAAAUGGGGAUGUAUCCCCGACAGAAAAGCUUGGGUAAUGUACGAAAAGGGAAAAGAUCUUCUUGAUAUACCACAUGUAGCAGAAAGAUUGGAGGAACUUUGCUCUAAAGAACAAGUAAUCGUCUACCAGCUUCCUCUCUGGCAGCGCGAACAUGGCCUGGUUGAAUUCUUCCAGUAUAUCACGAAGACACACUUAGUGAAAGGAGAGCUACCAGAUAUUUAUGGCAGUAUUGAAGUGGAUGAUGAAACGUUUAACUUCAUCAAACCUUUGGUUUUAGAAGUGAUCCUCCAAGAGAAAGCACAGGUGGUGCAAUAUGGACGCCCACACCAACCUAUUAAACACCGCACUCCUUUACAGGAGAGAAUUAAAAGAGAAGAGGAAUCUAUUCGCCAAAUUGUGAAUGUAAUAAGGACUUCCUUAUGCAGAAAAAAGCCUCACUUAAUGAAGUUAUUGCAAGACAAGAAAGUCCGUAUAGAGGCUUACUGGUUGCGAAGUGGAUAUGAAGCCAUAGAAGAUAAUGGAUAUUUUAAUACAGGUUUCAAACAUCCGAAGGGUUUUGAUCAAGUCACAAAAGCUCUCAAGUUCCAAUCAUCCCACACUGCAAAUGUUGUUCUGACUGCAGAACAACCAUUACCUGAGUUUAUCUCAAAGGAAGAUCCCCUGUGCACAGAAGAAAUUCCCCAAUUCAGAUAUAAUCCUAUGACAGUUGGACAACAUACAGCACCAAGUAAACCAAGAUUUGUGCCAGGUUACCACCUAGGUCAAGCCUGUGAGUUUGCCUACCUAACCAUCAAUACCCCAGGCAGAGAAAUCGAUGAAGCUUCCCUACCUCACCCAGAUGACAUGAAGACUAUAACUUUGCAAGCAGGGAUUGGAAUCUCAUUUUCACAGCUCCUAGCAAAGGCACAUUACUUGGGUUUUAGCAUGUAUCACAACUUGACAUACCCUCUUACAUGCCAGACUAUUGUGGGUGAUGGGAGGAGGUUCAGUUUUUUUGCAUACCAGCUGAACACCCUUGAGCAAUGGAAGUCUGAUGAGGUUAUUCCCCAAAGGAAUAUCUGUUGGGCUCUCGAUGAACUCGCCCUAUAUGACACUGUGGAAGAUGGAGAAGUCAAAGGAUUCAAUGACGAGGUUUUGAAAACAUUGAUAAAAUGUUUUCUUAUUGAGCCAGAAGAAAGGGAAUUUAAUCUGAGGCCUUAUCUGCCAGAAGAUUAUGAGGCUCCUGUUAACAAAAAAGAGUACAUUGCAGAAGAAGUGAAGCAUGGCAGAAAUUAAAAAUCUCAAGAAGAUUCUUAGUA